AUGGACACUUUUGACCUCGAGCGCCGCCACGGCGACCACCUCCACUUCGCCAACAUCAAGUUCGGCUGGAUCACGCUCGCGGCGCUGGCGGGCUACCUCGCGGUGGCAGCACUUGUCCACACGUUGUACUUGCGUGGCAAGACCCGCUACAUCGGUACGUGGCUCUACGGAUUGGUUUUGGCGGUGUUAUGGCUUAUACUAGUUACCGCCGCCCCGGAAGGAUACCUGACCCAUUUCUCCGUGGCGCUUAAACGGACGGCGCGGGUCGCCUACGCCAUGAUCCCGCUCAGCGUGGCGUUGGCGUGGCGGUUGCCCCCGUUGAACUACCUUGGACGGCUUAGAGUGCACAAAUGGGCCGGGUGGAUCAUGACGGCGCUGACGACGUUCCACGGGGUUGGCUUUUUAUUUAAGUGGUACGUCGCCGACGAGCUCGGCGCUAAGCUCGCCCAGUGGCGCAACCUCGCCGGCGUCGCCAUUCUAUUGGUACAAUGGGCGUUGGUGGUGGUGCUGGUGUUCAAUUUGACCGGCUACACGGCGUGGUACUGGAUCCACAACGCCAUGGUGCUUGUGUUUACGCUAAUCACGAUCCUACACGCCCAGCCGGGAGUGGUGUGGCUCGGCAUCAUCGCCUGUGUCUUCAUUGUCAUUCAAUAUGCUACCCACUGGACGGGGGUGUCGGUGGCGGAAGUGCUGGUGUUGGCUCACCCCGGCUCGCUGUUGGUGGUGGCGCGGAUCCCCACGCCGAAACCGGUGGCUAACGCCGGCGUCGGCCAGCACAUCCGCCUCGCCUCGCGCUGGUACUUGCCGCUGCACCCUUACACGGUGGCCCAUAGCGAUGCUAGUGCGAUUGAGCUUGUCGUCAGCCGUACCAAGUUUGAUGUCACCCACGCGGUGACAAUGAGAGGCGCCUACCGCCUGGAAUUCCCUCAGUUAGUCGGUGCCAGUGCCGUCACCGUGUGCUGCGGCGGGCUGGGCCUUUCGAUGGCGUUGUCGGUGCUUGCGUACUUCCCCGAGGCGAGAGUUAUUUGGUGCGUUAAGCUGGUAAGCGACCUCCACGUACUUGCCAAAGUGACGCUGCCCCCUCCUAAAGAUCAGCUUGCCGUCUAUAUCACGCAAAAGGGCACCGCUGCCGGCGGGCUGCCCCCUGCGGCUUCCGCCACUCCCGGCACUCCCGGCACUCCCGACGGCGGUGCUGACGACGACGAACUGGCGGCGCUCAUGAUGGACGACCUCGACGACGGGCCCAUUUACAUCGAAAAGUCGGCGCUUAACUACGGUAGGCCGCAGUGGUCGCAGUUGUUAACCCCGGAAACGGCGCUGGUGGUCGUGGGGUGUGGUCCCGCCUCCCUCGUCGACGAUGUCGGCGACGUACUGCGCCACCAGGGGCUCCAGUUCGUGGCCGAGCCCUACCAGAUGUAG